AUCAUAUGCUUGGCUUCACCGAUGGCGCAUUGUUAAGCAUACCCAAAGGUCAAGAACACAACACCUCGAACUGCGGCGUCGCCCCUCGCGCCUCCGUCCCUCGUUCUGAUCUCCGUCGCUGCUAAUUCUUCGACUCUUCGAACUAAUCCCAUGUCGUCGCUCCCUGUUCUUCUUCUCUCCGAGGUGCUUUGAGACUAUCAAAUAAAACUGACAUACGCAGUUCACGCAGAGAUGGAGCAAGGGAGAUCUCAUGGUUGUAAGGACUGUGGUGGAAGGUAUAUUCUGCUGAGAGAUGAUGAAGACCCUCGAUUGGCAAGGUUUAACAGACGGCUUCCCUGCUUUGGGUGUGGUAUAGGAUGGUCAUCUUUGCUUUUGGGAUUUUUAUGCCCUUUGAUCUGGUACUGCGCUGCAAUUCUGUACUUAUGCAAAUACUAUGACAACGAUCCACGUGAGCGAAGUGGACUUGCUGCCUCUGCAAUAGCUGCAUUAGUCUCUACGAUUGUAGUGCUCAUUACAUUAGCUGUCAUUUUUCUCUAGUCAAUCACCAUUUCCUGUAUGAAUUCAGUCAAGUUGCUUCUGUAUCACACAGCGAAAAUGGUAAAUUGAAGAUUAGUAAGCUCGGCAAGUGAAGCAUGAUCCAAAAGUUUGUGUUGUUCAGUGUCACUCGUCUUAAUUACUUGUUUAAUUCUGUACCUUGUGUUAAUAUCGCAUGUAUGAGCAAAGAAUUCUUGUUCACAUUUA